AUGUCCCGGCGAGCCGAGUCCUCCCAAUUCGGUGGCGUUGUGGUCGAGUUCGAGCCUGAUGACAUCACAAAUGCCAGAGCCAAGAAAGCCACGAGCAUACCAGAUUCAGCGCUUAUCUACCUCAAGGGUCCCAAGUUCCUCAUCUAUGUCAGUGGAGCGUUGUCAAUGUGGGGCGACCGAAUGUGGCACUUUGCCAUCUCCGUGUUCCUGAUCGAGCUGUACGGACGUAACUUGCUGCUGACUGCCGUCUUCGGCCUGGUGGUGGCCGGCUCGGUGCUCCUGCUCGGCGCUUUGAUCGGAGACUGGGUCGACCGCAAUCCCAGGAAUAAAGUUGCACAUGCGUCUCUUUUCAUCCAGAACAUCUCAGUGACAAUUUGCAGCAUUGUGCUUAUGUUGGUCUUCUCAUAUAAGCAAAGGAUUGAGCAGAUCUGGGACGGCUGGCUUACCGUGGUUUGUUAUACGGUGGUGAUCGUGCUGGCAGAUGUGGCAAACCUCGCAAGCACCGCGCUGACCAUUGCCAUCCAGCGGGACUGGAUCAUAGUCAUCACCGGCUACAACCGCGGCCACCUAGCCGGAAUGAACGCCACCAUGAGGCGGAUUGAUCAGGUGACGAACAUCCUGGCCCCGCUCGCGGUGGGGCAGGUCAUGACCCUGGCCUCCAACGUGGUCGGGUGCGGCUUCAUCCUGGGAUGGAACCUCGUGUCGCUCAUUGUGGAGUUCUUCUUCUUGUCGCGGGUGUACCGCAUCGUCCCCGCUCUUUCCGUCAAACCGCCGACGGCGGUGGAGCAGGCCACUCUCCAAGGGUAGCGCCGUAAAUAUUGUUAUCAUAUGUCAUCAGGCGAAGGUGAAGUAGUUCAGCGGACGGCAGAAGACACCGGCGACGCCAGGCUUCACCUAAACGAAAUCACCCGUCUCCCGCUUUGCUUCCGGAGGUUUCGCCGGCUGGUGAGCACCUGCAAGGACGGAUGGAGGUCGUACUACCAGCAGCCGGUGUUCCUGGCCGGAUUGGGCCUGGCGUUCCUCUACACCACCGUACUGGGCUUCGACUGCAUCACCACCGGCUACGCCUACACUCAGGGCAUAAGCGGCUCCCUCCUCAGUUUGCUGAUGGGCGUGUCGGCCAUCGCGGGACUCUUCGGCACCGUCAUGUUCACGAGACUGAGGAAGACGUACGGUCUGAUCAACACCGGCGUCAUCUCCAGCUGCCUCCACCUGGGCUGCUUGCUCCUGUGCGUGUGCUCCGUGUUCGCCCCCGGGAGCCCCAUGGAUCUCAGCUUGCUUCUUCCUUACUUUACCUCAAACUCCUCCUCCGAGCUCGGAGGGAUGGCGAGCCAGAGACAGAAGCACACGUCUCCGCUGAGGGGAAGCAGCAAUCAACCGCUUCUACCCGACCGCUCCUCCAUCCACUGGACCAACAACACUGUGCUUUUUGACAACGUGCCAUCCGGCGGCGCGCCCGAGUCCUACAUCUCCAUUAUCCUGUUGUUCAUGGGGGUCAUCACGGCACGCGUCGGUUUGUGGUCCUUUGACCUGACAGUGACCCAGCUGUUGCAAGAGAACAUCUGUGAGUCCGAGCGAGGUGUCGUAAACGGGGUGCAGAGCUCAAUGAACUACCUGAUGGACCUGCUCCACUUCAUAAUGGUCAUCUCUGCUCCACAGCCGCAGCAUUUUGGCAUCCUAGUUCUCAUUUCUGUGCUCUUCAUCACCACCGGACACACUAUGUACUUCCUGUACGCGCACAAAGCCAAGAGAAAACGCCGCCUGAACACCUAA